AUGAUCUGCAGGAAUCAUAAGAAGUUCAUGAAAUUUCUUGCAUGGAGUCAGAUCCAUGAAGCUGCUAUGCAGUUACAGCAAACUGCAGACACCCCAGCUAUGUCAGAGGUGCCACCAGAAGACCAUAUAUCUUUGAAACUCAAUACAUUUGUGAAUCUGGAUGAUGCUGAAGAAGCUUACAAUUCAGCAGACAGUGUCAUCUCCAACAUCUCAGAUGUUGAUUCUGAACUGGAAGACACAAGAGUUGAUGACAUUAUCAAAGAGGUCCUCACACAUAUGUUAUCUGACAUUGAUGAAUCCAAUGAAGAUGAGAAUAUCACCUACAAUCCUGUAUUGACAGACAUAGCAGACAGGCAGUUGAUUGAAAGUGGUAUUCUGAAUAUGGAAGAUAAUACUUUCCAGGUGGUGCCACACAUGAGGACCAGGGAACAUGAGAGUCUCAGCCACUUUGUGAUUGCACUGAAGUUGUGGUGUGAACAGUCAGAGAUAUCUUGUCAGCAGUAUUAA